CGACUCAAAUAAACUGCUUCAUCAGUCUAAUUUGAGAAUGUUGAAUUCGGACAAACCAAAGUUUAGGCUAAUUUCUCAACUAAUCCCGACCAUCUAAAUUUCAAUUUCAAAUUGAACAUUCAUCCCUUUUGUGCUGAAACCCAAUUUGAUGGCACUCCAAUGGCUGCUGGUGUGCCAUGGAUUAGCGACGCUGUUGGUAGUGGUAUCAUUCCUGUGUGGUCAGUGGCCAAUUUUUGAGGGCACCUUCAUCCAGCGCUUCCACUUGUUCCUCACUUUCGGCGCCUACGACUAUUUCCGCCGAUUUGUGCUCUUCUCUUGCGGCUCUAGGGCCGUCGAUGCGCUUCACUCUGUUGAGUACUUCUGCUGCGACCGUCCCAACCCUAUCAUACAGUUGAUAUAUUUGUUAAUUAUUGGAUCAACGUAUUACAUCAUUGCAAAGUCAUCCUUUGUCUACAUUCCAGGGUAUUAUAUAAGUGGAAUGCACAGGUAUACAAGCUUCUUGGCAGUUGGAGUGGGUAUUAUCCUCUUUCUGUUGACUAGCUUUUCUGAUCCAGGGGUUGUGAAAUCUUCCAAUGUUUCUCUGUACCUCUCUGCUUAUCCAUACGAUAACAUUAUCUUCACAGAGAAAGAGUGUGGUACAUGCAAAAUUCCUAAACCUGCUAGGUCAAAGCACUGCAGUAUAUGUGAUCGCUGUGUUGCUCGUUUUGACCAUCACUGUGCAUGGAUGAACAAUUGCAUAGGAGAGAGGAACAACAGAUACUUCGUGGCAUUUAUUCUUUGGCAUUUCCUCAUCUGCAUGUAUGGAAUUCUUGCGCUUGCAUUAAUUCUUGCUGGUAGGCUGAAAGACUUGCAAGUUGUCCACAUUCUAACAGUUUAUUAUGGCAUUGAAAAUUCUUACAGAGAGUUGGCCCCACUUGUUUUACAGUGGUUGUUGAACUCCCAUAACACACAAAUCCUUGUUAUGGUGUUUCUGGCUGUUAUUGCUCUGCUAUUAGCUGGUUUCUUCACAUACCAUGCCAAACUCUGUCUUACAAACACUACUACAAAUGAGAGCUUUAAAUGGCAAGAGUACCUGAGCUGGCAGAGGAAGGUGAAUGAGGCGAAGACGAGUGCCGAAGCUCUAAAAGCUAGUUUAGGCGAACUAAAUCAAGAAAAGAAGCCUCGGGAGAGCAAAUGGAAGACAUUCUUUAGAAGAUCUCGUCUGGAAGAGAUACAAGUGGUUAAAAACAACAUAUAUGACAAGGGAUACCUUCAUAAUAUCUAUGAGGUGGUUGUUCCCUUCUCAUCAAGGCGAUCAUUCUUACUGAUGAAAUCAAAAUCAGGUUAACUCUCUCCUUGAUUCGAUGUAUCUUGAUUUUUGCUAGCCACGCGCAUUGCAUCCAUCCGAACUUAAUCCUCACUUAUAUCUAGGUCAUUUUUGUUACUGCAGUCUUGUUUUCAAUUUUCUUUGCUGGAAGAUUACUUUUGAGUGUUAUAGAUGGAGUAGAAAAGAGAUAGAGAUAUAUUUUGGAGUAUUAACAAUACACCUUCCAACUUAGAAAACUUAAUCGUCAAAGGAUGUAAAUUUGUAUUUUAUGUAACAAACAGUUGUAAAUGGAUUUGUACUUCAUGGGCUGUUACAGCUAGCAAUUUUAUGAUCUCUUAUAAAUUAA